AUGUUAACUGAAUCACAUUCUCAAGAUAAAUAUGAAGAAUAUGAGCAAUACUAUGGUGAAUUUUACUCAGGUAAUUUGCACCUAGACCAAGAUGAACUAUACCUAAAUGAAUCAACUCAAGAUGAAUCUUGUCAAGAUGAACCGCAACAAGAUGAAUCCUUUCCAAUCAAAUCAUCAACCCAAGCAGGAUCAACUGGUGAUAAAACUUCUUCAAAUAAAGG